AUGGACUGUCACUGCCUAGCAGAGGGUACAAAUGCCCCAGUGCUGGUCGGUGGGCCCUGCUGUGGAAGAGAGAAGGUUCUGGCACCUCGGUUUGAGGAUGGGGUUGAACCCAGGUCUCCUGCCCUCCUGGGAAAUGGUGUGACUGAUUACAGUGGUAUGGCAGACGAGGGGCCAGGCAAGUGCCUGAGCAAGAGGAAAGGAUGCAGUGAAGGCACCUGGCUGGCAGGACUCCCCAUCAGCGCGAGCAAGUGGCUCCAACAGCUGUCAAACAACAUGGCACUGACAAUCGUCUUCCAGAUCCUGGCUUUUGGCAUACCUUCAGAGACAGCCACGGCAGCUGACCGGGGCAGGAACCGAGGUGCACGGAGCCGGCGGUGGCUGGAAGGCUUCCUGCGGGACUUCCCGGCGUUGAUCUUCACCUCCAUUCAGGUGACUUACUUUACCUCGCUGUCCAGACAACAGGAGUUUGAAGGAAAUACCAAGAGCGUGAUCCCACUCUUCUCCAUAACGUAUUUCUUGACAAUAACCUUUUCAAUCGUCUCUUGUCUAAGACAGAGCUGUGUAAGAAAUAAUGUCUGGCUUGCAUGCUGUGGAGUGGUUUCUUCCGGUUUAGCUGUGUUAAGCAGCUUUGGAUUGAUGCUCUUCUGUGGAGUACCGUUUGUGGUCACUGUAGCAAAUGCACCAUUUCUUAUUCUAGGAGUUGGUGUUGAUGACAUGUUCAUCAUGAUCGCUUCCUGGGAACAAAGUUCAAGAAAAAAAGAGAAAUCCGAUGUUAAAUCUCGGUUGGCCGAGACCUAUGGAGAAGCAGCACUUUCUGUGACCAUCACCACUCUCACAGAUGUUUUGGCCUUCUUCAUUGGCACCUGGACUGCUUUUCCGUCCGUGAGAUCAUUUUGCCUCUACGCAGGCACUGCUUUCGUCUUCUGCUAUAUAUAUACCAUGACCUUCUUUGGGGCAAUUAUUGCAUUAAAUCAUAAAAGGGAGCAAGGAAACCGACACUGGCUAACUUGUAUGCGUGUGGGAGGAGAUCAGGCUCAGAAGUCCUGCUUGUACAAUGCUUGCUGUAUAGGCACCUGCUCUAGGGAGUCAUCUCAGCCAGAAGGUGAACAUCCAAUGAGCAUAUUCUUUAAAAAAUAUUAUGGUCCUUUUUUUACAAAUAAAUGGAUCAAGCUACUUGUGGUGUUGCUGUACGGAACAUAUUUGGGUGGCAGUAUUUAUGGAUGUACUCAGAUCAGGGAAGGCAUUGAUCUUCGAAAUCUGGCGAGUGACGGCUCUUACGUUAUUCCAUACUAUGAUGACGAUGACAAAUACUUCUCAGCCUAUGGACCUAGGGUCAUGGUUGUCAUUACUAAAAGUGUAGAUUACUGGAAUGAGACUGUUCGUCUUGGCAUUGAGAACUGCACACAGAAUUUAGAGAGCAUUUCCUAUGUAGAUAAGAACCUCUCGGAGUCAUGGCUGAGAGCAUACUCAGAACUUGCCAAAAGGGGUUCCAUAAAUAUAAACGAUAAGACUACUUUCAUUAGUAACUUACCUAUACUGUUCAACAUUGUUCCCAGUUUUAAGUGGGACGUUAACAAGACUCAGGAUGAAAUAGAAGCUUCACGUUUCUUCAUCCAGACGGUGAACGUGAUCUCAGCGGUUGAUGAGAAGAAUCUUCUCAAUCAGUUAAGAGAGACAGCCAAGCAGUGCAGUAUUCCAUUAAUGGUGUACCACCCAGCGUUCAUCUACUACGAUCAGUACCUGGUAAUAGUGCAGAACACCAUUCAGAACGUUGUUGUUGCUGCCGGGGCAAUGCUCAUUGUCUCCCUUUUGCUUAUUCCCAACCCGUUGUGUUGCUUGUGGGUGACUUUUGCUAUAGCUUCUGUUAUAGUCGGUGUUGCUGGUUUCAUGACGUUUUGGAACGUCAACCUAGAUUCCAUAUCCAUGAUCAACCUGGUCAUUUGUAUAGGGUUUUCAGUAGAUUUUUCUGCUCAUAUUUCCUAUGCCUUUGUUACGAGUGGAGAGUCAUCAGCCAAUGAAAGGACAAUCGAAGCUCUGUCCCUGCUGGGUUACCCAGUAUUACAAGGUGCAGUUUCUACUAUAUUAGGAGUAGUUGUCCUGGCUGCAGCAAAAGCCUACAUCUUUAGGACAUUUUUCAAGAUCAUGUUCCUUGUUAUUUUGUUUGGAGCUCUUCAUGGUCUUGUUUUUAUUCCGGUGUUUUUAACCUUUUUUGGAAACUUUGGCAGAUCACCCCACAAUACCAAACCUAAAAAGCUAGAGACUUGCUUUAGAAAUGAUAAAGAUUGUCCGUGA